GCAGGACAUGAACCUAAGAAUACAGCAGAGUGUCAUUAGGAGUCACCCAAUUGCUACGUUCCUUUAGCAGACAACAGUAUUUGGUUUUCCCCCAGGCCGGUGGCUUAUCUUGUCUCAGGUUCUUGACCAUCCCAGGAAGAGGAGGCCUUGACCCCUAUCAGACAGUGCCAACCUGAGGUUUUUCAUGGACUCGCUUCAUGGAAGGAGGGAGCCAGCUUCUCUGACCUCCACAGACCCCCACAAUGACAUAAAUAAAUGUGAUUAUUUAUUUUCAAAGAUAGAAGAUCGUCUCGGCGCUCCAGCUACUCACCACAGCUACUAGAAGGCCCGGCUUUGAUCUUCAGAACUGCAAGUGAGCUUGGUUGAUGCAGGGGACCUGGAGGCCAGCUAGCCAGAAGGCCAUCAGCUUUGGCUACACAGGUUUGAGACUAACCUGGGCUACAUGAGACCCUGCUUUACUUUUUUUUUUUUUUUUUUUUAAAUUUUUAGGUGUCUGAUAUGAAGACAUAAUUAAUUAGAGGCGCUCCCUGCUAAGAAGUGGAUGGGGGCUGGUGGGGAAUAAUGCCAAUCCAGAAACCAUUCUGCCUGGGGAUUACUGUCCCAUACAGAGAAGUCAGAAAUAACUCAAGAGGAAGUGAGACCGUGUGGUGGGUUUCUUUGUAUUUUAUGAACAUUUCACUCAGGGAUUGUCCCCAAAAGUUGUAUCUAAAUUUCCCAACUGGUCUGGGAAACCUGGCUCGCGUGGGCAGGCCGGAAGCCUCACGCCUCACCGUGCUGGGCCACCAGGGGGCGCCAGGCAAGCGGCGACCAGAGCAGCGCGAUGGCCGCCGCAAGGUUGCUGCUGCGCCUGGCCGGGCGUCUGCAGUCGGUGAGCUUCACACAGAGUGUGUGUGGCCUCCUGGGCGCCGGGCAGGGGCCCGGGCCGUGGUACACGCAUUGCAGCUUGGAGCGGGGGCAGCUUGUCCUCUCCAGCAAUCCCUUCCCCGGCGCCUCCGAGAGGCUUCCGAUCCAGAGACCUCCUUUCUGCCCUUUCGCGGCCCUGGACCAGCAGCCUGGGGUCUCCAGGACCGAGCUGCUCACAAAUAGAGGUGUGGAUCUGGGUGUGGCAGUCAUUCUCCAGUCCAGUGACCAGACAGUCUUGUUGACCCGAAGGACAUGCACUCUCCGCAUUUCGCCCAACGUCUGGGUUCCUCCAGGUGGGCACAUGGAGCUUGAUGAGGAGAUCCUGGAGUGCGGGCUCCGAGAGCUGAGGGAAGAGUGUGGACUACAGCUGCCCCAGAACCAGUUCUCUUGUGUCCUCCUGGGGUUAUGGGAGUCUGCCUACCCUCCUAGGCUGAGCUGGGGUUUCCCCAAAUACCAUCACCUCGUUCUCUAUGUACUCGUCACGUCCCAGGAGUCACAGCAGCAGCUCCAGGCCCGGAUCCAAGUAAACCCAAAUGAGGUGAGUGCCUUUAUGUGGCUGGGACCUGACGUAGCCGAGGCUGUAGCUGCCACAGAGGACGGCGGGACAGAGCCACCCAGACGCCUUUCCCAGGACCUACCACCCUCUCUCAGCGCAACCGAGCUGAAAGACAGUGGAGGAACCAGGCCUCUGGUCCUGCCCGUGUCCACACUCAUGCGGGCAACUCCCAACGCAGAAGAGGACAAAGAAAGGGUCAGUGCUGGAACCAAGUUUGCCCUCGGGCUCUGGCUGCAGCAUCUGGGCAGAGGAAGGUAAAAGUGAAGUUCACGUGGACUCCGGACCAGCAAAGGAAGGAUGGCGGGCUGUGAGAAAGUGUGGCAGAGACAUGAGCGCAAUACCCAUGAUCUCCCUCGCAAAGCUGUCCUCCGGUCUCCACAUGCAAAAGCAUGGCGCAGAUGCCCACAUACACAGUAAUAAACAUUUUAAAAUGUUUUUUAAGUGUAAUGGUCGAACACAGACCCUCUUCCCCACAAACAGGGGUUUAGAAAGUGAGGUUCAAACUCUCGUCCAGUUCUUGACGCUCACAGAACAUUCACAACCUUUAUUGUAGGUGAGAACUCUGCUACAACUCUGGGAAUAAAAAGUAAAGUCACAUCACAGGGCCUUGGCCCUGAAGGGGCCUGAGUAUUGGGAAGGAGAACACGGAGCCCCCCAGUCCCACAAAAGGUGCAGAGUGAUCCAGGCCUGAACGCAGCACGUGAGAAGCUUAGGCCCUGGCUGGUUAGCAUAAGAACAUUGUGAAAACUUAAAUACAUAAAUAGAGAGACCCAGGCAGUAGAAGGCCGCGGCCUGCUCCCAAGCCCCUGGGAAUCACAACUAAGGCCUUGUUUCCUCCUCAAGUCACACUGGGAAGUCAAAGGCAAGGGAGUCAUCUUUGGAUAAUUUGGGGUUUUCUUAUUUAUGUACAAAAAAAAAAAAAAAAAAAAAAAAAAACACAAAGAA